AAUAUUUGCUGAGCGCGGCCAGUGUCUUUAGAUUUGAUAUGCCAGUAUCAUAAAAAUAUCAGCAAUAAGACCACUAUGUAUGGAAUGACAUCAGCAUUCACAGUAAACAUUAUCUAUCAAAGAGAAGAGUUUUACAGUGCAAAUGUCUUUGAAAGGUAUUUGUAAAACCCACAGGUACAAUAAGCAUAAUUUAAAAACAAAAAGUUCAAAUAGAAGAAAAUCACAAACAGAAAUUAGAAGCAGGGGAACUUCAGUCCUCCCCUUUUCCUAGUGGUUUUGUUACGGACACUGGUUUUGCUUGCUCUGAAGGAGUGUUAUCUUCUUGGUCUUCAGAUAUCAAUUAAGGACAUCUAUUGCCGCCUAUGGCAUAAUACAUUGGCUCUUUCCUUUGAAAGUCAGCUUUCAUCAUGCAAUUUCCUCUUUUUGCUCUGGCAAGAGGAGGGGCAGGAAAUCAUGAGCUGGCACACCACUCAGAGCUGAUUCAGUUCUAUCUUUCAUCUUGGAGCCCUAAGGACGAGGAAAGGCCAAAUUGUUGCCCAAUAGAGGAUAAAUUCCCUCCGCCAGAAUCAUUUCCUGGUAGAGACACAGAAAUCUCUCGAGGCCAUAUUUUAACACAAAUCAUAAUUUGCAUACUCCCAAGAUGAGUGAGCAGGAGGUCACUUACACCACUGUGAGAUUUCAUAAGUCUCCAGGGUUGCAGAACCAAGUGAGGCCUGAGGAGACUCAAAGGCCCAGGAAAGCUGGCCACAGAGCUCACUCCGAAUGCAAGGUCAGAGUUUUUCAGUCCAGACAAGAGAAACAUGAACAUGAGCAAAGGCUAAAUAACCUCGAUCAACUGUACCAUGUCAUGAAAAAUGACAGCUCCUUAAUGGAAGAAAGAUUAAGAAAUAAGUCUCUAGAGUUUGAGACUUGCAAAAAUACUCUGGACAAUCUCAACAGAGAACAGAACAGAUGCUACAGGGAAAGCAAGAUUGAUUUAAAAUGCUUUAAAUACAAAGGCAAACAAGUAGAAGGACACUGGUUCUGCUGUGGCAUGAAAUGCUAUUAUUUCAUCACUGACAAUGUACAGUGGAAUGGAUGUAAACAGAUCUGCCAGGCUUGCAGCUUAUCUCUUCUGAAGAUAGAUGAUGAGGAUGAAAUGAACUUCCUUAAGUCCCAACUUCAAGGAAAGAGAUACUGGAUUGGAUUGACAUAUAAUAAGAGCCCAAAGAAACAGCAAUGGAUUGGUGACCCACCUAAACUUGAUGUGGCUGGAGUGAAUUUAGGACAUGACAGAGGAAAUUGUGCAUUUCUAAGUUCAUUUCAAAUAGAUAAUGAAGACUGUGCUAAAACCUGUGGCUGUAUAUGUGAAAAGAGAUUGAAUAUAUUCCCUAUUUUAGUGACCUGUGUCAACCAAAGAAAGCAGCUUGAUCUGCAGAGUGAUGAAGGGGAAAGUGAGGAAAUGUAUCUGACUUAACAUAACAGAAGCCAUCGUCCUUUCUGGUAAAUAGAGAAGCUUGUGUCUGGAGAAUAUAUACCCUUUGCUCUAAGAUUCGAAGUAUCACUCUCUGUUUCUCGAAUUAUGCACAGAACCAAAUACAGAACUCUUACAAUCACACACAUUCUUCAUCAUCACUAGGAUAAUCCAUUUCAAUAUCCUGUUGCUCUGACAUCACACUUAAGAAAUAGGAUGCAGUUACUCUUUGUUGGUUGAUAACUUUUUAUGUUUAUGGAGGUAGAAGAAUUAACCUGAAAAUAUUUUUAUUUGCUGUAAAAUAUAAUUUUAGACUUGAUGAAUAGUUACCAGAGUAGUUCAAUGAACCCAUACAACCUAUCAUAGUUCAUGUGUUCUCAUUCUCUCUCUCUCUCUCUCUCUCUCUCUCUCUCUCUCUCUCUUUCUCUCUCUCUCUCUCUCUCUCUCUCUCAUCAAACUGAUGCAUUUGGUAAUAAACAGAAACCCCAUAUUUGCAGUAAUAUUUAUUUAGGCCACCUGAAUGCAAUGGUUCAGACUUAUAAUUUUAUAGGUACAUAAGUUUGAAGACAGUCUUGUCUACAUAAUAUGUUUGUGGCAAUUGUGGGCCUUAGUGUGGUAUUCUGUGUCAUGAAAUCUGAUUAUGAGGAUGAUGAUGAUAUAAUAAUAUUAAACUGUCCAUAAAUAUUUUCUAAAAGCAAGCAAUUUCUUUUAUAGCAUCAUAUUGAAUAGUAAAAUUCAAGGAAUGUGGUAUUUUUGUAAUAAUAUGAUCUAAUUUAUAAUCCAUAUUCAUAUUUGUCAGCUUUCUGAUGUCAUGUUAAUAUUUACUCAUGUUUAAGAUUAUGCCAUGCAUUCACCUGUGGUGUUCUUUAGUUCUGAAAAUGUUAUUGACUUUUGACAUUUUUCUGAUAUUAAAAAAUUAAAAUCUUGCUGGGGGAGUAUGUAUAUAACAAAAUAUACUCAUUGUAAGUCACAAGUAAAACAAGUUUUAACAAAUAUGUAUACCUCUUAUAGAGCCACUGAGCUCAAGAAGGUCACAAUGUCAUCUUAACACAUGCUGGAGUCAUCUGAGAAUAGAGGACAUCCAUUGAUAAAAUGCCCCCAUAUCUUUUGGCUGUAGACAAGCCUACAGGGCAUUUUCUAAAUUAGUUGUUGAUGCGUGUUACAUCAUGGGUGUUACUACCCCUGGGGUGGUAAUGCUAGAUUAUGUAAGAAAGCAGGCACCAAGCCACUUGGAGCUUUCAGAAAGAUGCAGCCAUCUAUAGCCUUUGCAUCAGCUCCUACUUGCACAUUCAUGCAAGGCUUUAGUUUUUGUUCUGUCUCCCUUCAGUGGUAGACUGCAAUGUGGAACUAUAAGCAAAAAGGAUCCCUUUCCUCCUCAAGUUUGUUCUUGUUUUGGUAGUGGUGUUUCAUCACAGCAGUAGAAACACAAACUGUAAGAACAUCAAACCCUAACAGAGUUUUGUAUCUCCUCAAAUUCAUUUCUGCCCAGUGCCUUGAACUUUGGCCCUAGGCAAGCAGGUGUAUAUAUAUGCUCUCUUAUACUGUAAAUUACUAUUGUCUUGUUCAUAGUGUUAAGUAGUAUGCAGAGUUGUAUUUUCUGUUGUCCUCCAUAUACUGAACAUUUAAAACAUACUUUACUUCUCAGAGAAGUUUUGUUUUAUUUUAUGUUGAAUAUAUUUUUACUUGAAAGUAGAUUUUUAAUAUAAUAUUCUUUCUUAUGAAUCUAUUAUUACAUUUGUUUUCAAAUAUCACAAAGGCAGUCCUUCAAUAUGCAUGUAUAGGCUGGCAUGAACACAGAAACAAUGUAAAAGGCUACAGAAAACUUGUUACCAUUUGGUUGGCAACACAAAAACCUUUGACGUAGAGGAGAGAGCUCCAUCAUAUUGAAUUAUUAUGUAUAAAAUGUGAUGAAAUGGAUUCAGCCACAGACUAUCAUCAAGAAACUAAAAGAUCAAUGAUGGCUUAUUACUCACCAAAUGAGAUAUGCUGGUUCUUAAAAAAUAUUAAUGGCCUGGAAUCUAUACUUUAGACCUUAGGGAAGACUUUGAAUACAGAGUUAGCAAAAAGAAUCUGCCCAGGUUUAGCUGCAGAGCUUGUUGAAGGUAUAACUCUUCUAGGUCUCAGUUGGAGUGUUGACUCCCUUCAUUGUAGGGAACCGUAUUGGAUUUGGGCCUGGCCGCUUUUUGACCUCAUGGCUCAAAGUGGCUAGGUGACUCUGGACUGUUUGGCCAUAGAUAUUCACCCCUAAUGAGUCUUAAGAUUAUUGGACAAAAGCCUCUGCCAUGAAUUUAUGGCACAGGAAGAUAACAUUCAAGGGAUGCCUCAGCUCGAGCAGAUACCAGUUAUCUCCUGAGUCAACACCCGGUGUCUCCACCGCCUGACCUCAUCGUCUACUGCUUGACCUCUUUGCCUCCUGCUAUCACUGCCUAUACCUUUGCAUCUCCAUCCUUCGUGUUUCACAAAGGACACUCCCCCUACCUGAAAGCCUUAAAAGCUGUAACGUUCACCCCAAUAAACGAGACCUUGACAACA